GCCCUUCUUGUCGUAUUACAGAUAAGUAAUUGAGCUGUGGAUCUGUGGUGAACGGCUCCACAAAGCCACAUCCAGGCAGCUCUGGCACUAAGCGAUGAAAUCUCUGGUGUUGACACAGGCAGACAAGGUUCCUUGGGUCUUUAAUGAAAUCUAUCCAGUAUGGACGUACUCUUAUUUAGUGCUGCUGUUUCCAGUAUUUCUUGCAACAGACUAUCUCCGGUACAAACCUGUAAUCCUCCUACAGGGACUGAGCCUUAUUGUGACUUGGUUCAUGCUGCUCUAUGCCGAAGGACUAUUGGCUAUUCAGUUCCUGGAGUUCUUCUAUGGAGUGGUGACUGCUACAGAGAUUGCCUAUUUUUCCUAUAUUUAUAGCGUUGUGGAUUUGAACGUGUACCAGAAAGUCACCAGUUACUGUCGAAGUGCCACCUUGGUGGGUUAUACUGUGGGUUCCAUCUCUGGACAGGUUCUGGUAUCGGUGUUCAACUGGUCCCUGUUCAGCUUGAAUGUCAUCUCCCUAACAUCUGUGUCUGUAGCUUUUGCCAUUGCCUGGUUUCUGCCAAUGCCUCGGAAAAGUCUUUUCUUUCACCACCUCUCAAGCAGCCAGGUUGCUAGGGAAAUGAAGGUUAUUGACUGUAAAAAUGGAGCUGUUGUCCGAGAUGAUCCUGCGUUACAGUGUGUGCCUGGGUGGGAAGAUGAGUCAGAAGUUCCUUUAAAUGUGGAGGCCUGUUCUGCAGAGAAGCAGGAGCAGAAAGUGGACAUCCUCAAAGUGCUCAAAGAGCUAUGGCGGGACUUCCUCCAGUGCUAUUCCUCUCGGCCUAUGCUAUGUUGGUCUGUAUGGUGGGCACUGUCAACCUGUGGCUACUUCCAAGUAAUAAACUACACUCAAGGCCUAUGGGAGAUGGUGCUUCCUGCUCAGAACUCCGAGAUCUAUAAUGGUGGUGUAGAGGCUGUUUCAACACUCUUAGGAGCUGUUGCAGUGUUUGCUGUAGGUUACAUAAAAAUACCAUGGGCUACCUGGGGUGAAGUAGCAUUAGCCCUGUUUUCCCUCCUUAUUGCUGCUGCUGUCUAUAUCAUGGAUAUAGUUCGUAACAUCUGGAUAUGCUAUGCAUCGUAUGUGGUCUUCAGAAUUAUCUACAUGCUGCUUAUCACAAUAGCAACGUUCCAGAUUGCUACAAAUCUAAGUGUGGAGCGGUAUGCCUUGGUAUUUGGGGUCAAUACUUUCAUUGCCCUGGCACUUCAGACUGUCCUCACUGUGAUUGUUGUGGACUCCAGAGGUCUUGGGCUAAAUAUCUUCACGCAGUUCAUGAUCUACGCUGCCUACUUUGCAGUCAUAUCAUCUGUGUUCUUGGUCAGUGGUAUGUACAGUAUUAUGAAGAAUUACAGAAGACAGAAGGACAUGCAAAGCAGAUCUGCAAGUCCUAAAUGCACUGAGGACUCUCUUGGAAAUGAAAUAAUACAGUUCCAGAGGGAAGCUAAUGUGCGCUCUGGCAUAGAGAAUGCUGAUCCCGUGGACCAGGGAAGGUCCUCUAGCCUCUUAUCCUUUUGGACUCUGGACUCCUGUGAUGCAAAGCCAUUGACCCUGAACUGCUGUGGAGGGGGCCAGGGUCAAAUACUAAGAAGAGAACAAAACUGACAUCAGGUUUUUUUUUCUUUUUGGGGGAGGGGGCAGAUCUUCAGUUGUUGCCAUAAUGGCUCCUGGGGUUUGUGACUGGGCCCUUACUUACAAUGUAAUAGUUAUCAGCAGUGAGCUAGUCUUCAAAACGCUCAUUUCUUUGGCAUUUUUCCUUUUGACAAGUUACCAGCAGAUGAAGUCCUUCACUUAGCUGACAAGCAAGUCUGAUCCUUCUGAAAACCUUACCUGUGACUUUUGCUUCUGAAGAACUUAGCACUUGCCUGGUCUCUGGCUUGACAAAGGGUUUCAUAGAAUCAUAGAAAAUUAGGGGUGGAAUGGACCUAAGGAGGUCACCUAGUCCAACCCCCUGCUCAAAGCAGGACCAGUCCCAACUAGAUCUUUCCAGCCAAGGCUUUAUCU